AGCUCCCUCACGAAGAAUCGACACGCCCUCGUCUCUUCUUCCACACCUCACCUCACCUGAGCUCUCGAGAGAUCCCUACCAGUCCACCCUCGCCACCUCCACAUCGAUCUCGAUCUCCUCCUCUUCGCCACCGCCACCUCCGCCGCCGCCGCGAGUUGCCUUGCACAAUCAAGUUUUUGAAGAGAUGGCGAGGUCACCAAGAGCCCAAAACCUCCCUGCUCGUCGACGUAGGUCAGCUUCUUGUGAUGUACCCUCCUGCUGCUGGAAGGCAAGAGGAACAAACAAAGAAAAUGAUUUGACGUUGGCCUCUGAGAAAAAAGAAUGGAAAAGUGCCACUUGCCCAGUUUGCUUGGAGCAUCCACAUGAUGCUGUCCUCCUACUGUGUACUUCUCACCACAAGGGCUGCCGACCAUAUAUGUGUGGUACCAACUACCAUCACUCUAAUUGCCUUGAACACUUUAAAGAAGCUUAUGCCAAGGAGAAAUUGGCCGGUGGUGUUUCAGCUGAGUCUGCACCUGACCUUUCAUUAUCCUCGAACACACAGCCAGUCAGCAAGCAGCCAUGUGUGAUGGAACUUGCAUGCCCUCUCUGCCGUGGGGAGGUUAAGGGAUGGACUGUGGUUGAACCAGCGCGUCAGUAUCUCAAUCGGAAGAGGAGAACCUGCAUGCAUGAUGGCUGCUCCUUCAUUGGCUCAUAUAAGGAACUUUGCAAGCAUGUAAACUCCAAGCACCCUUCAGCAAAACCUCGUGAAGUUGAUCCUGCAAUUGCAGAUGAGUGGAAGAAGUUUGAAUGCGAGAGAGAGCGGCAGGAUGCAAUCAGCACUAUCAGGGCCAUGAACCCAGGAGCUGUGAUCAUGGGCGAUUAUGUCCUUGAGUUGAAUGGUGGCAGGAACAACCGUUUGCACUCUGAUGGAGACAACUUUGACUUGGAGGAAAGACUUAACUUCUUCACAUCCUUAGAUCGCACUUUGAAUGAGAGGGUGGACUUCUACGAAUCUUCAGAUGGUAGUUUGGAUGAGGGCUUUGACUUCUUGGCGUCCUUGUUUGCCCGUGGCAGGAGAAUCUCUACUGGAGAUUCAUACAGCAGAGCUCAUAGAAGACAUAGGGAAAGGCCUAGGCAUAAUUACUCAACUAGUUCUGUUGAUGCUUCUGAUAUUCAGCUUGAUUCAGUUAUCACUCAAAGGGGACAGCAGACUGGUGCUGUUCGGGCUAUAGGCAGAACUUCACGGCGGCACCAUCCUGUGGUGGCUCAUAUAAGGUCAACACGUGGCAGCUGAGAAAUGAAAUCACUCUGGGGUUUCUUCAUGUUUUCCAUCUGCAAGGGACGCAAAAUAAUAUAUUGUAGUAGCUGCCGCCUGGUAGUCAGAGGCCCAGCAGAUUCUUCCUUUCCAUUUGUCUCAUCGCUGAGAUAGCAACACUGGAUAUAGGUUGGAUGGAGAUCUCUGUUAAGCAGAUGCUGAUGCUUGUAUGACGUGCUCUGCAAUCUGCAUACAGUUUAGGGCUAAAGCAGCGCUACGUUUCCGGUGCUGCCUUGCAUGGGUUUUGUGAAUGCCCUUAUCUGAGCUUUCUUUCCCUUUCUGUUGAUCAAAGCAAACUGCGAACAGGUAAUUGUUUUGGCAGCAAUUGCUGUUCCAAAGUUAAAUAUCAGUAUCAUGAACAAAUCCAGCAUACAAAUUACUGCUUAUGUUUGGUCUUUACGUAGUUUUGUAUCAAUGUGUUCUGGUGGAUGGCAUGGCUGAGUCGAUUUGUGAGGUUUUUUAAACUUUAUUAGCCAUGAGCUUUUACUUAUUUACCACGGCUGUUUGGUAAACUGGUGUUCCUUCUUGUAUUGGCUGCAUCAUGCUCCAAGAUUGUAAUGCGUCUGAUUGAUUAAUAAAUCCCUCUUUCCCUCGCAAAAAAGAAAAAAAAAUGAAGGGAACAGCACAGCCUUUUACUGUU